AUGACAGCUGUUAGGGAUGGGUCUCCUGAGUGGCGGUUGUGUUUUCGUGCCCCUUUCAUCCACGUGUCUAGAGGUCUUCUUCGUGUUUCUGAGUGUGAAGGUUUUCUGUUUUUCUCUUUGGCGAAGGAUUUUCUAGUGGUUCUGAAGCUUUCUGUUUCCAGUGCUGUCUGCGCCCAAGGAGUUUCCAUUGUUCUUCAAAGGUUUUCUGCUUCACAUACAAAUUUUGGGGAUUUAGGGUUAUGUCCUCUGUUUGGGAAGCGUUUCUCCAGUAAUCUGGAGGUUUCGUUUGACGUUCUUCAUGUUCUGAUGGAUUCACCCCCUAGGAAACUCUCAUUGAUCCAUAGUUUUAGUUUUUCCUUCGUUCAUUUUGUUUAUUUAGUGAGACUUGCCUCAUCUGAGCUUGUUUCCUUGUCUUUAGGCAUGUCGGGUGAGUCAUCAGGUCGUGAAGAGGGGAUGGGGUAUGAUGACCAUGACGCGGGCACAGACGAGCCGUCAACUGAAUUUUAUGUAGUACGCCCUCCGGGCAAUGAGGCUCCCGAGGUGGAAGAGGUGGGGACCUCUAUACCUGAACCUUCCCGUAAGGGAAAGGAAAAGAAAAAGGCUGGGAACGAUAAGCCCGAGGACCGGGAUAUAAAAACAUCGCGGUGUACGUUGGGUUUUUUGAGGGCUGUGCGAGCAGCUUUCGGCAUCCCAAAGGAGUACGAGCUAUCGGUGAUCCCUAAGGGGAAGAGGUUGAACGAUGUUCCUCCCGAGAAUACUAUCAUGCUUACUCUGGAGCAUCUACAGUCAGGGAUUCGUUUUCCCAUUUCCGAGCAGUACCAGAGGUUAAGCGAUUAUUUCGAAGUGCCUUUAUCGCAGAUUCACCCUAACGGUGUGCGGCACUACUCCUGUUUCUUGAAGCUGUGUCAGCAAAACGGAGUUACGGACAGCAUGCGACUCUUCUGCUGCAUGUAUCUGAUGUCGUUGAAGGACCAAAGUCACUUUGCUUACCUGCGAUUUCGGGGUGAGAGGAAAGAUGUGCCCGGGGGGCUGGUCUCGGGGAUAACCGACUCUUUGAGGGAUUUCAAAGAGGAUUAUUUUCAGAUUUCUCAUCCUACGGCUUUCCAAGGGAUGGUGACUACCUGGGUCACCAAAUGCUACAAACCUUUGAAGUGGUUUCAUAUCCCUGGUCCUAUGGAGCGAGAUGACAUGUACAAGCUCCGGGAUGCUGCUCCUGCUGGGGAGAAGGCUCAUGCUGAUGAUCUGAGCCCCAAAGUUCCUUUUGACUAUUGGAAGAGCUCGGCUCCAGCUAGUGCCGUGAACAGUCUGGAUCCUGCUAAACUUGCUGGGAAGAAGCGCAAGAGGCCUGCUACCCGAGCUUCUACCUUGGUGCCUCCAGCUGUUCCCCGGGCAGCGGCUGAUGCGGCCUCGGGGCCUCGGCCAACAAAGGCGAGUACCGCGGCCCCUGAGGGGGGUAUUCACGUGGUUCCCCUACGGGUCCAACUGCCUAGUGGUGUCGAUAUCCCCCCCACUGCUGAGCCAGUAGGAGGGAACAUUCCUUUCGUGGACCUGGGAUCUGCCGAGACUGUGGUGGGGCCGCGAGAGGCUGAGGAGGUCCCCCGGGAGGCGGCUCCUGGGGUGGGUGGUUCCGGUGCUCAGACCUCCCACUUCCAGAUGCCGGAUUUGCCGGACGUUUCGUCGGACUCCAGCACCGCUGCUUCCGGGCCCGAUGGUAUUACUCGGGCGCGCUUUGCUGAGUGGGUCGGCCAGCAUAACCCCGGGGUCCGGGUAUCAAUUCAUGAACUGCCCAUAGCGGGGGACAUUGCUCGGGUGACGACUCUGCCCGAGGACGAGGCUUAUUAUAAAACUUAUAAGCCCGAGAACUUGCUGGCCACCGUUUCUGCUCUCUGUAUCCAGGCGGCUCAGAUGUCGUACCGAGCUGAUCGGAAUGCCAGCCAGAAUGAAGAUGACCUCCUACUGGCCAAGAGGCUUUUACUUGCGGAGGCUGCCAAGGUCCGGGAUGCUGAAAAGAGGGCUGGUGAAGCCGAGAGAAGGGCCUCGGAGGCCGAGAAGAGAGCUUCGGAUGGUGCUUCUCUGGUGGCCAAAUUAGAGGACAAGCUGAGGAGUUCCGAGGAUCGUCGGGCCGAGGAUUUGGACAUGCUGGAGAAGCUAAGAGGGGAAAAUAGCCGGCUUGAGAAUGAGCAUUCUGCGGCUAAGGAUGAUUUUGCCAAGCAACUGUCCGCCUUGACGACUCGGAAUGAGUUGGCGUCUAAAGGUCUCCGAGAAACCGUGGCCGAUCAAAAGAAAAAAUUAACUGAGAUGACCAAGCGGGCCGAGGAUGCAGAGGCCGAGGUGGCCAAGGGAGUUGCCCGGGAGGAAGGCCUGUAUGAGGAUUUCCGGCGGAUGCUGUACAUCGGGGAGGUUCAAGUUGGCGAGUUCGUGAAAGGCCGGUUUGGAGCCGACGUCGAUGUUUCGGACUUCAAGCUAGACGUGUUGGAGCUGCAUCGCCGAGCUAAAGAGCUGCCCGAGGAUUAUGAUGUUCCAGCCGAUAUUGAGGAUUAUUUGGCUGAUGACCAAGACCAAGGCCCGAACUAAUGCCGAUGUUUUUGUAAUUUUCGAACAAUUUGGUUUUUUUG